AGCGGGAGAAGAAGCAGGAAGGAAGGCAGGCAGUGAGGCAGACAGGCAGAGAGAGAGAGGGGGAAGAGGAAGGCUGUGCAUGCUAACAAGCCCCUUCGUGAUCGUCCCCAGCGCCCCAAACAUGCUGUAAUGGAGAGGAAAGACGAGCGACGUUAAGCUGGCCGCCAUGAACAAGCGCCUCGCAGCCGUCGGCACCUUUGAUUUGAGAGGAAAAAACGCCCUUUUUUCUCGCUGAGUGAAAUGUGUCGCGAUUGCUCGGGGACCGCAUUGUGACAAUGGAGAUCGAAAAUAUCGUGGCCAACACGGUUCUCCUGAAGGCGAGAGAAGGUGGAGGAGGGAAGAGGAACGGCCGCAGUAAGAAAUGGAAAGAAAUGCUAAAACUGCCCCAUAUCAGCCAGUGUGAGGAGCUUCGGCGCACUAUUGAGAGAGACUAUACCAGUCUGUGCGAGAAGCAGCCCAUUGGUCGACUUCUAUUUCGUCAGUACUGUGACACUAGGCCAGAGCUGAAGCGCUGCAUCGAGUUCAUGGACGCUGUGGCUAUGUACCAGCUAGCUCCAGAUGAGAAGCGGAGGGACUGCGGUCUGAAUGUUUUAGACACUUACUUCAAUAAUGGGUCGGCAGCCCAUCUGCCAGACGUACCCCAAGACGUGGUCGCUGGGUGCCGGGAGAGACUUGAGCAAAGUCAUUGUAAGGAGCUCUUCAAUGACUGCACCAAAAUAGUUCGUGAUUAUCUAAGUGGAGCUCCCUUUUCAUCCUACCAGGAGUCCAUGUACUUCUCUCGCUUCCUGCAGUGGAAAUGGUUGGAGAGGCAACCAGUAACCAAAAAUACCUUCAGACAUUAUAGAGUACUAGGAAAAGGUGGAUUUGGCGAGGUUUGUGCCUGCCAAGUACGCGCCACCGGUAAGAUGUACGCCUGUAAAAAGCUGGAAAAGAAACGAGUGAAGAAAAGAAAAGGUGAAGCAAUGGCACUAAACGAAAAACGAAUUUUAGAAAAAGUUAACAGUAGUUUUGUAGUUAGUUUAGCAUAUGCCUAUGAGACCAAGGAUGCGCUGUGCCUGGUGUUGACCAUAAUGAAUGGUGGUGACUUAAAAUUCCACAUCUACAACAUGGGCAACUCUGGCUUUGAUGAGCAGAGAGCCAUCUUUUACGCUGCUGAGAUCUGCUGUGGCCUUGAGGACCUGCACCGUGAGAGGAUAGUCUACAGAGAUUUAAAACCUGAAAACAUCCUUCUGGAUGAUCGUGGGCACAUCCGCAUUUCAGACUUGGGUCUUGCUGUGCAAAUUCCGGAAUCAGAGACGAUACGAGGGAGAGUAGGCACUGUUGGUUACAUGGCUCCAGAGGUAAUCCAAAAUGAGAGUUACACCUUCAGUCCAGACUGGUGGGGUCUGGGCUGUCUCAUCUUUGAAAUGAUCCAAGGCCAGUCGCCCUUUCGCAAACGCAAAGAACGAGUCAAGCGGGAGGAGGUGGACAGACGAGUGCGCGAGGAUCAGGAGGAAUAUUCUGAGAAGUUCUCUGAAGACUCGAAGGACAUCUGCAGACAGCUCCUGUCUAAAGAUCCUAAGAUUCGGCUUGGUUGCCAGGGUCGGGGGGCUAUCGAGGUCAAGCAGCAUCCCAUCUUCAAAAACAUCAACUUCAAACGAUUGGAGGCCAACAUGCUGGAGCCUCCUUUCAGCCCAGAUCCCCGGGCCGUGUACUGCAAAGACGUCCUCGACAUCGAGCAGUUCUCCACUGUCAAAGGUGUGAACCUUGACCCCACAGACGACGACUUCUACCACAAGUUUGUCACGGGGAGUGUCUCCAUCCCGUGGCAGAAUGAGAUGAUCGAAAUGGAGUGCUUCAAAGAAAUCAACGUCUAUGAGACCGAUGGGACGCUAUGUUCAGACCUGGACGUGAACCGACCUAACCCUCCACCAAAGAGAGGCUUCUUCUACCGCCUGUUCAGAAGAGAGGCAAGUGCUAGUGCUGCGGCAACUGUCCGAGGGGGUGGGGGCUAAGGUUUGCUUUAAGAGCGGUUACAGCGACGACGAGUUCGAGGAGCCCUCACGACUUUAAACCACUCCUUCCACCCCCCCAUCCACCCC